GGCCGCCGCGCCCAUCCUGAUGGCUGGAGGCGUCUGAGGGGCGGACGGCGACGGCGGCGGCGGCGGCGGCGGUGGCGGGCGCGGGCGGCGAGGGCAGCGGGGCUGGGACUGGAACAGCCGCCGCGCGGACCCGACCAGCCUCGCCGACUCCUGCCCGCAGGCCGCGAGCGCGACGACCAGGCGGCGGCGUGGGCGCCAGACCGGGCGAGGGCGAGAUAGACUUACAUGUGUGGGAAACCAGACCAGAAACACUUCUGAGUCAAGAGCUUGGAUUCUGAAGUGUGGAAAGCACUGAGACGUGAAGAUGAGUGAACUUGACCAGCUGCGGCAGGAGGCCGAGCAACUGAAGAACCAAAUUAGAGAUGCUCGUAAAGCAUGUGCCGAUGCGACUCUUUCUCAGAUCACAAACAAUAUUGAUCCAGUGGGAAGAAUCCAAAUGCGAACCAGGAGAACACUGAGGGGGCAUCUGGCAAAGAUUUAUGCCAUGCACUGGGGCACAGACUCAAGGCUCCUUGUCAGCGCCUCUCAGGAUGGAAAACUCAUCAUCUGGGACAGUUAUACCACAAACAAGGUUCAUGCCAUCCCUCUGCGCUCCUCUUGGGUCAUGACCUGCGCAUACGCUCCUUCUGGGAAUUAUGUGGCCUGUGGUGGCCUGGAUAACAUCUGCUCCAUUUACAACCUGAAAACUCGUGAAGGGAAUGUGCGUGUGAGUCGUGAGCUGGCAGGACACACAGGUUAUCUGUCCUGUUGCCGGUUCCUGGAUGACAAUCAGAUAGUUACCAGUUCUGGAGAUACCACAUGUGCCCUGUGGGACAUCGAGACUGGCCAGCAGACAACCACGUUUACUGGACACACUGGAGAUGUCAUGAGCCUGUCUCUUGCUCCUGACACCAGACUGUUUGUCUCUGGUGCUUGUGAUGCUUCAGCCAAGCUCUGGGAUGUCCGAGAAGGGAUGUGCCGGCAGACCUUUACAGGACACGAGUCUGACAUCAAUGCCAUAUGUUUCUUUCCCAAUGGCAAUGCCUUUGCCACUGGCUCAGACGAUGCUACAUGCAGGCUGUUUGACCUCCGUGCAGACCAGGAGCUCAUGACCUACUCCCAUGACAACAUUAUCUGUGGUAUCACAUCUGUUUCCUUCUCCAAGAGUGGCCGCCUCCUCCUUGCUGGGUAUGAUGACUUCAACUGUAAUGUCUGGGAUGCACUCAAAGCUGACAGAGCAGGUGUCUUAGCUGGACACGACAACCGAGUCAGCUGCUUGGGGGUGACUGAUGAUGGCAUGGCUGUGGCAACAGGGUCCUGGGACAGCUUCCUCAAGAUAUGGAACUAAGACCAGGAGCAGCAGGUGGAUGGAUGCCAUGGCGACUGGAAGACCAUUCCAACCUUGAAUCGUUACAGAGAUAGCAUAUCCUAUCCAACCAUACUAACGUGGACACCCACACCUCCCCUCAGAACUUCAAAAGGGCAAGAUCUUUUUUCCUUCACUUAUUGCUGAAACCAAGAGCACAAUUCCCAUUAAGAGAAGGAUCUCUGUGCUGUAAACUAAAACAAAUUGUGCAUUUUUUCCGGGGCCAUUGUUUUUGGUUUAUUUUGUUUUGUUUUUGUUUUUAUUUUGGUUUCCGUUUUGUUUUGGGUUGGUCCAAUUUUAAAAGGAAAUACUACAAUAAAAAUGUUAACCAGAAGGUAACCCUGAGUGUGAUUGUGAGAAAGACACACGCCUUUUUACUAGUUCAUUUGCAUUUAAAUCAGUGAUCCUGUUCUGUGGCAUUCAUGAAAAACAAGUUGAAGACUGUUUAUCUGGAAUUGUUUCUAAAUAUAAGUCAUUUGUAGCAAGACUUUGGAAGCAUUCUUUCUUAAACAUAUUCCUUUAUGUUCAGUAGUUAAGAGAACCAGGGCCCAUGGUGGUCUCUGACUUGUCACUGAUGUAUUUUUUUGUCCCUGGCUUGCUUUUUUUUUUUUUUGUUUGUUUUUUUGUCUCAUGUCACAGAUGACUGUUUCGCACAAACACAGCAUAGUGGAAGAAAAAAAUUCAGAAGCAAAGUAGCCAAGCACAUGUUAGGAUGGCCACGAAUGCUUGGUCCGAAUCCUUCCCCUUUGCUCAGCAGUGAACUUACUCCCAGCACCCUUCACUCCCUCCUGUCCCCUCACUGUCCAGUUUCUGUUCUUUCCUUGGGUUUCCUGUGAAGUUGGAGGGAAGUUUGUAGUCAUGUGACACUAGCCGUCCUGCCCCUGCUGUCAGAGAUUUUUUUCUCCAGAGAGGUGCCUGUCCUGUGCUUGGAUAGUCAGUUGGUUAUUUGUGUAUGAAACAAUGUACAAAUCAAUGUUUUGAAAAUAAUGAUCUCAGACUUUCUAAGUUAAAUUUUAAACAAUUUGAUUGUUUGCCAUAUUGGGUGGGUUUACUCUUAGAAUCGCAUGCUGUAGAAAUGCUCUAAAGUGCAUAUAGGACUCAGUCCUUAGAUGUUCUUUUUAUUUUAAGAAAUAACCUCUUCAAGUUGUAACCGUGGCGGCUUUGUCCAUUACUGUUGCUAUUCUGCACACAUAUCGGAAGCAGCAAGCGCUUUACACACUUGAGUAGUGGGAUAAGUCACUGUUUUCUUUACUUUACAAAACAAAACAGUCCUGUUGGGAAUGAUUGCUGUUGAAUUCUGGAAGGGAGGGGAAAGCUGCUCUGCUGCCUCUUUGCUACUUCCUGGAAGCCUGCCUCCACGGAAGAACAGCCUUUUGCAUCUGAGGCGACCAUUUUUACACCAUGCAGAUCUUCAUGGUUAUCAUCUCAAAGCCAUGUUCAGCAGCAGCGUUUGGACAGCAGUGUUCUGUGGGCCCUCCCCUCCCCCAUAUCCUGCACCCCCUCAUAGCAGUAGUGGCUUCGCCAUUCUGUUUUCUGCAGUGUCCUGUACAAAACUGUGCUGUGACUGUGCGGUAGGCCUGGACAUGGCAAAGAGAAUACAGCGAAGCCCCUUCUCUUCCUACCAAACAACUCUGUAGAGCUCUCUGCACCCUGUACCCUUUUCACCUUUUGUAUUUAAUUUUAAAGUCAGUGUACUGCAAGGAGGCUGGAUGCAAGAUAGAUACUAUAUUAAACUGUACUGUUAUUUAAGAUGUAAUAAAGCAGUUUGACAUGAGGGA